UGCAGAAAUGUGUUUUUUUUCAGCACAUGCUUCUUUGUUAAUUGUAGCAUCUUCCCUUCCCUGACCAAAUUAUUUGUAGAAUUCACCUUGACAUUUUCACAAACAGUUUGCAGGUAUGAAUUAUUAUUGCUAGGUUUUGUAGAUUCAGUCAAUGGUACGCCCACAUUCCCAUUUGAUUUAUACAAUCAAUUGGUGCACACUAUGAGCAGUAUGAGUUAACACAUUCAUUCGCUAUUCAAUGAAAAUUAGAAGUGGAAGGCUUACCCGCUAUUAUAUCCGCAAAUGAGAUCCCCUUAUUCAGUAGUCCUGCCAAAGCUCCUGCUUCUCCCUUAAUUGCAGCCUCAGAGAGCUUAUGUUGCUCGGCAAUUUAUACCAUACACCCCGGUGUAUAGAGCCAUGUACGCCCAGCAUCAAAACGACGCCGUAUGGAAUUGUUAUGUAACGGAUUUUUUUUUAUUAGUCUGUUAACGCCGUCAAACGGUAAGAAGAGGGAAGUGAGAGAGCGGCUCUAAAGACAUGAUGUCGUCGCGCCGAUCAUGCAUAUUGGAUUAGAGAACACGAGAGCUACCUGAUUGUUCGAUUUGCGUCGUAUUUUGCAAUUGUUGGAUGGAAGCCAUGUCUGAUUCGAUUGCACAGCAGGAUGUGGCGGAGACAGAGCAUACAACUGAUCCUGUUGGAGUGGUAGAUACAGAGGAUGCUAAUCCAGGAUUUGGUAGGGAUGUCAGUGUGUUCGGUUGAUGAAGCAUAUGACAUGUAUAAUGAUUAUGCCUUUAGAGUAGGUUUUAGCGUGAGGAGGGGUAAGCAAAGAUAUAGUUCUGCUACAAAAACAAUGAAAACGAAGAUGUUCCAUUGUUCGAAAGAUGGUUUUAAAAGGAGUACAGGAAAAGGGUGUUAUUCUAAAAUUGAUGGUCGUACAGGUUGUGGUGCAUUUGUCCAAUUCGAUUUACAUGAGAAUGGGAUGUGGAUUGUUUCGAAGCAUGAGAAGUUGCAUAAUCAUGAAUUGGUUCCACCAAGCAAGAGUUACCUUCUAAGGUCACAUAGGAUGGUGUCUAGGAAUCAUAUAUCAUAUCUUACUGAUUUGAAGAGCAGUGGUGUGUCUGUUGCAGAUGGUGUAAGAUUACUUAAAACACAAUCAGGGGGAUCACCACUUGUUGGGUUUACAAGUGGGGAUGCAUAUAAUUCUCUAUGUACCGAUGCAUUGAACAAAUUGGAUAGUACCGAUUCAAACACAUUGAUUGAAAUAUUCAAACGGAGGCAGUCAAGUGAAAGGGAUUUUUACUUUGAUUUUGAGGUGGAUUUGGAGUCAAGGUUGUGUAGUUUUUUUUGGAGGGAUGGAUGGAUGAGGAGAUACUAUGAUUUGUUCGGGAUUUGCUAG